UUCCCACAGAUUUCCUGCUAGAUCUUUACUGCUGUAGAAAGGUGAUAGUUGCCCAUUUCACACGGAAUUAGGGCUCCCGAGAAGUAGCUGCCUCUGCGGGUGUGACCGUUGGUAUUUACUCCAGGGGUGCCAGGAGGCUAGAGGCAGCCCUCUACUUUUUUAUCGAUCUGUGUACUUACGAACACACUUAUUGAUUUGGAGGUCGGCGUUGUGUUUUUUGCGACCGCAUGAGAUGACAGGGGAAGAGCCAGAGAUCACACGGUGUUAUAGACCCCUCGAUCCGCAUCCAGGCUCAGUGUUGUGCCACUGCAUUGUAAGUGAUUACAUCGACCCGGCUGGUACAGUAAAAUACCCAUGCUGUGAACGGAGAGAAAUGAUUUUCUGCAGCAGGGCUCACAGUCCUACUAGGCGUGUAGGCAGCGCGCACACGGUCCCAGUGUUUCUCUGGCCCCAGUCGAUGAAUUUGCAGUCCUGCGGUGUGUGUGUGUGGACGGCCUUCGGAUAAUGCAGGAAAACCCUAUCAAAUACGCGUCUUUUUUUUUGCACGCAAAUUGUACAAUUUGAAGAGUUUGCCUCCAACUGAGAGCAGGACACGGAACACAUAUUUUCCUUGGCCGCGGCUGACCUCAUCGGAUAUCUUAUGCUUUUAGCGUUAAUGCGUAACUUGGCCUCGGCACAAACAAGGGCUGGGAAGACGAGAAAGCCAAAGCCGUACACGUCCCCUAGAGACUUCCCUCAGGUCACACCAUCUAGACCCCUGUAUGAAAUCACCUCAUUACCGCAUCUGAGGCGAGCCUGACACGGAGCCCGGAUCGGUGCCAUGACAUCACUGCUCCAGAGGAGUGCGCCCGCCCCCCUCCCCCGAUCUGAUUGGAUGAGCGGUGGACGAGCGGCGCGUUGAUUGGCCGCCGGGCGUGCCGGUCGCUGUGGGAGAGGCGGACCCCACGGGGCCGGGGCGGAGGGGGACCCUUCUAAAGGGGGGAGAGAGGAGCGGGAUGGGAGCGCUUGUCUGAGGCUGGGAGAUGCUGCAGGCUGGCGAGCGGUCCAGCAGCGGCGGAAAGGGGGAGAAAUACCGAGCGAAGCACGCGUGAAGAGAGUCGGGGAAUCGGGACGAGUGAACACCGCGACCGCGAGAAAACCGGGGUGUCGGUUCCGCUCAUUCCACAUCCCGGGGUCCAUCUGUCACCGUCACAGGCGCCUGCAGCAGCCGGAGGCCCUGAGUGCUAGAAAUCCGUGCUGCUGUGCUAUCUGAGGAAGACAGGACUGUCCUGGCGCUGCCCGCUGCCAUGGGAAGACCUGAGGACAGUCUGCGGCUGGUGGCAGCCUGCCUCCUGCUCUCUCUGUGCCUCUCCUCCCCCGCCAGCCCCCACUGCCCCCCGCAGUGCAUCUGCGAGACCCGGCCCUGGUACACCCCCCAGUCCGUGUUCCACCAGGCCAAGACUGUGGACUGCAACGAGCUGCAGCUGAGCAGCAUCCCCUGGAACAUCUCGGGGGACACCCAGGUGUUGCUCCUGCAGAGCAACAACAUCUCCAAGGUGACCACAGAGCUUCAGAGCCUGAUCAACCUGACCGAGCUGGACCUGUCCCAGAACCACUUUGCCCGGAUGCAGGACAUCGGCCUGUCCAACCUGACCCAGCUCAUCACUCUCUACCUGGAGGAGAACCAGGUGAAGGAGCUGCCGGAUUUUUGCCUGAAGGACCUCGUCAGCUUGGAGGAGCUCUACAUUAACCACAACCAGAUCUCCACCAUCGGCCCCAAGGCGUUCGCCGGGCUGGGCAACCUGCUGAGGCUGCACCUCAACUCCAACAAGCUGGCAGCCAUCGACAGUGGCUGGUUUGAGUUCCUCCCCAACCUCGAGAUCCUCAUGAUUGGGGAGAACCCCAUCCGGGGGCUGCAGGGCAUGAACUUCCAGCCCCUGUCCAAGCUGCACAGCCUGGUGCUGGCUGGCAUGGGGCUAAAGAAUGUGCCAGCCAACACUUUUGAAGGCCUGUCCUACCUGGAGAGCCUCUCCUUCUUUGACAACCAGCUCGCCGCCGUCCCCAGGGAGGCCCUGCGGGGCUUGCCGAACCUCAAGUUCCUGGACCUGAACAAGAACCCCAUCAGCCGGGUGCAGGAGGGGGACUUCAGUCACUUCCCCCACCUGGAGGAGCUCAGCCUGAACAACAUGGAUGAGCUGGUGGCCAUCGAGCGGGGGGCCUUCGCCCACCUCCCCGACAUGGCCAAGUUAGAGAUCCGCAACAACCCCCGGCUCUCCUACAUCGACCGGGGAGCGUUCCUGGAUGUGGCCGGGCUGCGCACGCUGCUGGUCAGCAACAACGACCUCAGCCUGCUGCCUCGCGAGCUCCUGGCCUCCUUCCCCCUCCUAGACGAGAUCAGCCUGCACAGCAACCCCUUGCGUUGCGAUUGCCUCUCCAACUGGGGCGCCAUCCUGGGGAACCAGUCCACCUUACGCCUGCUGGAGACCCAGAUAACCCUCUGUGCCACCCCACCACAGCUGAGCGGCCGUCCGCUUCAGGAGGUGGUCACGACGGGCUUCAGCCUUGCCAGCAACACCUGCCUGCCCCUCAUCUCCCUGCACACGUUCCCAGCACAGCUCAACGCCACCACCGGACAGCGCCUCACUCUGAACUGCUGGGCAAUGGCUGACCCGGCGCCCCAGUUCUACUGGGUGACCCCAGCGGGGGACAAGGUCACCUCCGGCCCCGCCUCUGCCGCGCUCGCCCCCUCCUCCAGCAGCCGGAAGCACAGGGUGCAAGGACAGGGCGCCCUGGAGAUCCUUCGCGUCGAACCCGAGGACGCGGGGCUCUACACCUGCGUGGCGUGGAACUCCGAGGGGGCGGACACGCGCAGCGUGAGCCUGCACGUGGCCGGGGGCGGGGGGGCGGCGGCCGAGGGCGGAGAGCCGGGGGCGGGGAACGCCACCGGGGGCCUGGUGAUCCUGGCCAAGGUUGUCCACUCCCGCUCGGUGGUGCUGGCGUGGCGGCUGGCCCCGUCCGUCACGGCCUCCGGCCGCGAGGCCCCGCCACCACGGUGGGCCACCGCCACCAUGAAGAUCGACAACCCGCAGGUCAGCUACACGGCCAAGGUGCCCGUGGACAUCCAGGAGUACAACCUCACCCACCUGCUGCCCUCCACCGAGUACAAAGUCUGCCUGACCGUCUCCUCCUCCACCGAGCGCCAGACCCAGCGCUCCUGCGUCAACGUGACCACCAAGGAGGCCACCUUCGCCGUGGAGAUGGUGGCCCAGCCCUCCAGCGUGGCCCUGGCCGCCGUGAUGGGCUCCAUGUUCGCCAUCUGCAUCAUGGCCCUGCUGGUCUUCUACAUGGGCCGCCGGAUGAAGCAGAAGGCCUGCCACCACUCGCUGAAGACGUACAUGCAGCACGCCACCGCCAUCCCCCUGAACGAGCUGUACCCCCCCCUCAUCAACCUGUGGGAGAGCGAGGCGGAGAAGGAGAAGGAGUGCACCCUGGACGCACAGGCCCCGCAGAUAGACACCUCCAAGACCUACCUGUGGUAGCGGGGCGCAGCGAGGGGCGAGGGAAAGCCGGACGUGUGUUGGCGUGACCAUGGCGGUGGACGUGUGUGCACACGUUUGUGCGCGGUUUCCAUCACACAUUACGUUUAACUUAACUUAGUUUGCCACCUCACCACGCUCUUCCUCCCAAAAUGACGCGGCACUUGUGAAAGUCUCUGGAUGGCCUAUUUUUUUCAUUUAUUUUUCCCAGGGGGUGCGACACAACCCCCAGAUUCCCCACUCUGGGAUUUUAUUUUUAUAUGAGAAGGGGGAGAUGCUCACAAGAAACGUUUUAAUAAUCCCUUGGUGAAACACACAUUAUCUCCACAGUGUGCAUUUGUUUAUCAUAAGGCAGUAGACUUAGAACAGUAGUCGUAGCACUGAGGAGUUAGCAACAGGCAUUUUGAAGAACGCAGCAGGGUGAAAGACCGGGGACAGUCGACAGCCGACCGGUCGGCCUCGCUGACACACUUGAUGUCAAACUAGACCUUACACCUCGAUGCCUGCAGGAACUGGUAGCUGUGUUUACUCCGAGACAAGUUCUACCCUGCGCAAUGUGAUCAUGCCUCUUGAGGGGUUUUUCUAAAUGGAGAUUUGUUUUGCCGAGGAGCUAAAAGUAGCCUCACAACCCACAAAGAUGUGUUUCUUAAGACCUGAACUUCUUCUGUCAUAAGGAACUCUGCAGAAGUAGUAAUAAUAAUAAUAAUAAUAAUAAUAAUAAUAACUGAUGAAGCACAGAAUAAAAAGCUGAAUAUCUCAGAGGCUAUGUCUUGCAUUUACAGUAUUUUUUGUAAAUAGACUUUGUGUUCCAACAUGCCUGGCUGGUCCACUAUCAGAGUUCAGGAAUCCCUGGACAACGAACUUCCAGCACUGGAGCUGCAGUGACAGCCUCACUCCCCAGCUUGCAGACUUGCAGACAUGAUCCCCUGAGGCUCGUGUCAAACCCUCCACUGAAGACGUCAGAGCUACCAACACCCCACGUGAUGCGGUUUAUUUUUAAACAAAUUGUCAGAAUGUUGUUUCUUUAACUUGGUCCCUGACACCGUGCUCUCCUGCCACAACUGCCUCGCCCAUCAGUCUCCUGAAGUGAGACAGGGCUGGGAACUUGCCGAUGUUCUCCCGGUACCGUCAGCCAUAAAAGAGAUUUUAAAUGCUUUCGGCUUCGGCUCCACCCUAGUGCCCAUUCUAACCUUGAGCUAAAACACCCGGCAACAGAACGAGAAGGAUAAAGUGUUGUUCUGGAGCAGACAGAAGUUUCAUUAGGAGUCACGUCAGAGACCACGGGCUGCUGAAGCACUAACGUUAUCUGCCAGCCGUGCGAACCUUCUGCUCGUUUUCAGGCUGAAUGGUCCCUCCCUCUUCCUGGACGAUUGUGAAAGAGCAGAAACCUACGGCGCUCAUUCAGCCGAACACCGCAUCAAUACCAAAGCUGAAGACUGAUGUGCACAUGAGAACAGGAGCUUGGAUUAUGCGUCCGCCUGCCGAGUCACUUUAUCGGAUACAUGUCUACAUACAAAUCGCCACACAAUGCUGUCUGCUCAUGUUGAUGCUUUCUGAUUUUCUGUGGUUUACCUUAUCAGCCGAAUACCACUUACUUGUCAUUACAGAUGGGAGGCAGCAAAAAUGAAAGUGCACAAAAGGGGACACAGUGAGUGGUGGGAUACUCCCAGACUCUGUAUUACUGGGUUUCUUACAACCGCUAGUUACAGAUCCCAUGGGAAGAAAGAAACUAUUUGUGGUAUAGUAAACAAUUUUUUUUAUUGUGGCGUUUCGGAAACCCUAUCCGAAAGUCUGCUGUUUCAUGUGUCGCUCUUUCUGUCCAACCCUCUCCCGAAUCUUGAUUGUUCAGUCAUAUAUGUCUUAUGUCUAUCAGUCGGUCUGCAUCUAUACCCAUCAUCCCCUAUUUUUCUAACCAAACAUACAUGCAGUCUAUAUUGUUUUGUUCAUUGGACGAACUGUUCUCAUAUUUAUGUGUAUAUUGUGUUCUGACGUUGCAUCACCUUCCCCAGGUUAUUCUUUUUGAAGAUUCAUGAACUAAUUUUUCAAAUCCCAUGCUCAUUGCCCUAUUUAUUAGCAUUAAGAUUAGUAGAAUCAUAAUAACCUAAGGCAUUGAACACAUCCCAAAAUAAAAAAGAACAUUAAGAAUCAAGAUCCAGGGGGAAUUAUGCCUGUUUUAUUUUUCCAGGGGGUGAGGGAGUGGUAUCCUUAAUAUUUAUUAUUGGAAUUCACCACACAUUCUAUUAAGCUUUUUCCUGCUCCUUCUAAAUUGGAAUGACACUUUCUGUCACUUCUUCUGCCAGCACUGCAGCAGCUGUGGAGUACUGUAUGCAGGGAGAACAGAACAUCUGCUGCAGAGCUCUCACCACGUAGCCCAGGACACACACCGGCUACAGCAGGUUCAGUAGAUGAUCAGCACCUUGAAGAUGUGGUGGAAGGAGAUGUUAAUGAAUGAGCAGGUUUUGACCACUUUAGGCCUAUUUAGAAAUUAUUUAAAAAAAAUAAUAUUUUGGUUUGUGUUUCUUUACUGACGUAGCUCAGUCAAACUUUAGAGCCCAUACAGUAUGUGCAUUUUAAACGCGCUGUAACGCUGAGGACAGUUUGAAUCACAGACCAAGAUGUGUUUUGUCCAUCUUCAGGUGUCAAGAAAAGCAUUUUCUAAAUGAAGAAACAGAAAUACUUUCUCCUGAUUUUUUUUUCUGUAAUAAAGUUUGAGUAUUGAGAAAGCUCUCAUAAGCCUCGAAUAUCAUGGAGGAGCUGAUGGGGAUUAUUAGUCAUGUCUUCGCUACAGCUGGGUAAUGAUGGGGCAAUGCAACUUUAAAGUAAUCUAAAUAGGCACCGUAGUAGGUUGGCAGUGAUACACAUAUCGUUCGAACAAUAGCAGGGUAUUUUUGGCAAUGCUGUAUACGAUGAGGCUAAAAACUACCAUCAAAACUCCUUCACAAACAAUACACAACACGAUCAAACAACAAACAUCACGGAAAAAAUUAAAUUUCAGAGUUAUACUAGGACCACUGCGUCUGCAGAACAUCCUUGUCAGCUCUCAAUUCUUAAUUCCAUCGUUUUCAACUGACUUCUCUCUACCUGGAGACCUGCUCUUAGCAUUCGGCUGAAAUGACUGUGUGUUGCGUUCUGAACUACUAUGAACAGCUGAGUGCAGGUAAUGUCCUUUGCACGAAUGGUUGUAAAAUAUUGUAAGUGUUGUUAUAACAUGUAGUGUAGUGUUUAUGAAGGAGUAGUGGCAGUGGUUUUUAGCCUCGGUGAAGUAAAAUGUUAUUGUAUUUUUUGAUAAAGCUAAAAUAACACAUUCCUGUAAUAUUUGUAUGUGAAUAAUCAAAUGUGCAGUGCAGUUCUGUAUUUCAGAGCAAAUAAUGAACAGAUGAAGAUGAAGCACAGUGUCACUUGUAAACAGAAAUUGAGUUUUUGUCAGGAUGAUAAUAAACAUUAGAAGACAAAAUCUCAAAA